ACGGCGCCAGCCAGUGUUCCGGCCGGUUUUGUUUGACGUCACUUCCGGAAUCCCAGCCGGCGCGAGGGUCAGUUCCUUGUGGCGUUGAUUUCCUUUGGGAGGUGUAACGGACCCAGCGUCUCCGCGAGCGAAUGUGAAAGAAGGCGAGCGCUAGCGACAUGGAGAAAGAAGGUGGGAAGGCCACAGGUGUUGUUGCAGUUGUGACUGAGCCUCAGUUUACCCAGCGGUACCGGGAAUAUCUCCAGAAGCUGAAACUCUUGGAUAGACAGCACCGCGCGGAGAAGCUGCCGGAUGGCGCCGUGGCGCUCCCGGUGCUGGGGGAGACCCUCCCCGAGCAGCUGCUGCGGGAGCUGAGGAAUCGCGUAGCCCCAGGCAGCACCUGUCAGCUCACUCGGCUGCUGCGUCCUGUCCCUUCAAAGAAGGCUCGAGUUUGCUCACCGGCCCAAAGACUGUGUCUUGAGGUGAGGCGUUGGGCAGAAGGUCGGGGAGUGGCGUGGUCAGCUGAAUUGGAGGCCGAUUUGCCCCGCUCUUGGCAGCGGCAUGGUAACCUCUUGCUGCUGAGUGAAGACUGCUUCCAAGCUAAGCAGUGGGAAAAUCUGGAACCAGAGCUCUGGGGAGCCAUUGCCUCUGCCCUUGGCGCCCAGCGUUUGGCAAAGCGAGGGCGAGUGUUACCCGAUGGCUGUCGAACGCCAGCGGUGACCCUGCUGCUGGGCGAGCAGGGCUGGGUAGAGCACGUGGAUAACGGCAUCCGAUACAAGUUUGACGUUACCCAGUGUAUGUUCUCCUUCGGAAACAUCACUGAGAAGCUGCGCAUAGCGUCCAUGUCGUGUGCCGGAGAAGUGGUGGUGGAUCUGUAUUCAGGAAUCGGUUAUUUUACAUUGCCCUUCCUAGUUCAUGCUGGUGCUGCCUUUGUUCAUGCCUGUGACUGGAACCCCCAUGCUGUAGUUGCUCUGAGAAAUAACCUGGAGAUCAAUGGAGUAUCAGAUCGGUGCCAAAUACACUUUGGGGAUAACAGGACACUGAAGCUCUCAAACAUUGCAGAUAGGGUGAACCUAGGGCUCAUUCCAAGCUCUGAAGAAGGCUGGCCUCUUGCCUGCCAAGUGCUACGACGGGAUACUGGGGGCAUUUUGCAUAUCCACCAAAACGUGGAAUCUUUCCCAGGAAACAAUCUCCAACCUCCUGAAAGCAGCAAAAUGGAGAAGCAGCAUUCUUCUUAUCCUCAGAAAAUUACUGCUAACAAAGAGGGUAAUGGAGCUACCAGGCAUUUUAGGGGGGAAAAGCCUUCAUCAGCUGCCAAGCUAGAAUGGCAAAGGUGGGCUGAAUCUGCUGAAACUCGGAUUGCCAGUCUUCUUUGGCAGGUGCAUGGAAAACCGUGGAAGACACAAAUCUUGCAUAUCCAACUAGUGAAAUCUUACGCUCCCCAUGUGGAUCACAUAGUCUUGGACCUGGAAUGCCGCCCUUGUCCUCUAAUUGGCUAGAGGUGGAUCCAGUGACACAAGGUCCCAAGCGUUGGGAUUACAGGAGUGUGCCACCAUUCCCA